UAAUAGUAAAGAAAUUGGCAUUAUUGUUUUUGUUAUUAGUAUUUUUAUUAAUGAUAAAUAAAAAUUUGAUUAAAUCAUUUCUGUUUGUGUGUAGAAAAGACUUCUCUGUUUCUCUGUCCAGACUGUACCAAAGGGCCGGAAAGAGGAAGAUCCUUCUCUUCAAGAUUUUUCAUGGCAAACCUUCUUUGUCUCAUGAUCAUCCCCUUCUUAUUGUUUCUUAAAACUUGCAAUGCAUAUUCAAAUCCUCAUUGCUCACCUUCUUCUUGUGAUAAUAUCAUCACCAUAACCAGUCCUUUCCGACUUAAUACUGAUCCAAAAGAGUGUGGUUACCCAAUUUAUGAGCUUUCUUGCGAGAACAAUCUUACUUUGUUAUACUUCAACUCUGUCAAGUACUUCGUCCACUCAAUCAAUUAUGCCAAUUACACAAUUCGAAUUGUGGACUCUAACCUUAACAAAACCAAUUGCUCCUCUCUCCCAAAUAACUAUCUGGAAGAAGAUUCGUACAAUGGUUUCAGAUUUUACAGUUACUCGUUCGAAAGAAGAUAUUUGAAACUAACAAAGAAUAUAGUAUUCUUGGAAUGUGCAAAUCCUGUAAAUUCCUCUGAUUAUAUAGACACCGCUCACUGCAAUAUUGGUGCUACUUUAGCCUCCCAACAUUCCAAAACCAAAACUACUGCUGAUCAUGUUUCUUCGUCUUCUUAUUAUUAUUAUGUGGUCGAUGGUCUGUUUCACGUUUCUGAUUUGGCGAGCUCGUGCCGCCCGGUGCUAAGGACCUUGGUAUCGAAUCAGACAGUUGUGAACGGAAGGAAUACUUCUUUUGUGGAUAUUCACAACCAGCUUACAGAUGGCUUUGAGAUUUCAUGGUUGGAAUCAGACUUCAAAAAUGGAAAUAAUGAAUGCUACUUCGAUUAUUCCAACAAGAUGCGAUGUUAUGCUUCGACGACGGCUGAUGCAAUAUUAUCACGGAUUGGCACUUUCAUAUUCCUUUUAGUGGAUGCGCUUUGUACGUAUUAA